CAGCCGAAGUGGAUUGGCCCAACGAAAAUGGCGCUCCCGGCAACCAUCAGCCACACGACCUGCGCCCUCCCGCGGCGGCGCCGCUCCACCACGUCGCCGGCUCGCCGCCGAGGCCCACCUUCUCGCGUCCAUCCCAACUCCGGCGUAGCCCUCACCCACCGUGCUGCGCCACCGGCCACCCAGCAGCCCACCCUGGACAGCGUCCUCUCCGACCUCGAGUCCAACCCGCGCCUCCUCACCCCCGACCUCCUCGACUCUCUCCUCGCGGCCCUCCCGCGCCACCCCUCCCCGCGCCGCAACCUCGCACGCCUCCGCCUCCUCCUCUCCGUCUCCCUCCUCCGCCGCUACCCCGCGCUCGCCUGCCGCCUCCUCCACCUCCAUGCGUCGCUUGGACUCGUCUCCUACGCCCACCACCUGUUCGACCACCUGUUGCCCGCGCGCGCCCGGGAGGACGCCUUCCCGUGGAACUGCCUCAUCGCCGGGUACUCCCACCUCGGCCGCCACGACGACGCGAUCGCGCUCUACCUCCAGAUGGAGGAGGAGGCCGUCCCGCGUGACGGCUUCUCCUUCACAAGCGCGCUCCAGGCCUGCGCCGGCGUCGCCUCGCUCGCGCUCGGCCAGGCCAUCCACCGUGACGUUGUGCGCGCCGGCCUCGCGUCCGACGUGUCCGUCUGCGACGCCCUCGUGGACAUGUACGCCGUGUGCGGUGACACCCGGAGGGCUCUCCAGGUGUUCGAUGCAAUGCCGGACAGGGACGAAGUCUCAUGGAACAUCAUGCUUGUUGGGUGCCUGCGACAUGGGCUCUCCCACCAGUCUAUGGAGCUCUGGAGAAGGAUGCUUGGAGAAGGGCACAAGCCGGACUCCAUGACAUUAUCAACAAUGUUGUCAAUACCGCCAUCAGCUUGCGACAAUGGUAAAAUGGGACUGGAGAUUCAUGCCUGGGCGAUUCGUCAUGGUAUCGAAACGGAGCUGUCAGUAGCAAAUGCUCUGAUCAGGAUGUACUCUGAUAAGGACAAACAAAUCCAUGCUCUGUCGGUGUUCGAGUCGAUGACGGUGAGGGAUCUGCUGUCUUGGAAUGCUAUAAUCGCUGCACACCUCCAGGACUACAGAAUUCUCAUGAUCUUCCGUCGUAUGGUGGACUCUGGGAUGCGACCAGAUGAGACCACCUUUGCGCUGGUGCUCUCUGCCUGUGACAAAUUAGGGCUGGUCGAGGGUGGCAUCAGGCUGUUCUCUGAGAUGGAGAAUGAGUACAGACUUCUUCCUACUAUGGAACACCAUACCAGCAUGGUGAACAUGCUAGGCAGGGUCGGGAUGAUCAAUGAGGCUUACGAGUUCGUGGCGAAGCGGAACCUUCUCAACAGUGAACCAAGUAUCUUGAGGGCUCUACUGCAGGCUUGCUUGAUGCAUCGGAACACCAGGGUUGGGGAGAUCGUGGCAAAGAAAUUGAUCGACUUGGAGCCUGACAAUACACACAAUUUUAUAAUGUUGAUGGAGAUCUAUCAAAACACAGGAAGGUUGAUAGAGUUGGAAACGGUGAAUAAGACGAUGAGGGAUAGAGGACUGUCAUGUCAAAGCUGAUGGGUUCUAAUGAUCAUAGAUUUUGAGCUGAAUUUCAGAGCUCUGUUGCUUAGGAUGGUGAUUUUACAUUCAAUUAGACUCAAAACAUAGAAUUAACCCCAAUUCAUCAGCAAAUGUCUAUACUUUGUAUUCCAAUAUCAGGUGCAAAAGCAGUUCUUUAAUUAAUGUUGUACAAUAUUGUGUAUACAGCAAUUUUAAGGUAGAAUAUUGCAUAUACGACAAUUGUAAUAUACAAUUACUCUUAUUUGAUCCAUGGCUCUAACUUCAUUGGUGAUUAACUAUUAAC